AUGAUUCCGUCUUUGACUCACCUCCCUGAGGAAAUCCUUCAUGCGAUUCUAUGUUCCUUGCCCCCUGGAUCGUCCGCCGCCCUCGAGCAAACUUGCCGUCGGUUCAAGAAUGUCACAAACGAGCCCUUAUUGUGGCGCCACUACUGCCAAAGCCGUUACAGGUACUGGGAUAGAAAACAUGAGAUAGCGCGCAAACUUUCGAGCCCGGCGUCGUCCACAGACUGGAAAGGGCUCUUUGUAUUGAGACACUGUAUCGACUGCUCCGUCACUCGGCUCCUGGACAGUAUUCUCGGUAGCCAAACGGGGAGAAUUGAAAAGUUCCGUGCAGUCAUUGACUAUGGUUACGAUGCAAAGGAUACUCUUCUGGGCCAUAGCAGGGUAGAGACCGGCGAGGAUCACUUCGCGCGGAGAUAUUACGCCCGAGCCCUUUUGACUUGCCUCCACCGAAGUAUCGCUGUUCCCGAAUGGGCUAGGCUUGCGCGCGGUGAACCGGUGCCACUGGAGCGUGCCUUGGGUGCCUUUGAUCUCUUUAUCCCCGAGAGUGGCUUUGGUGAUCUAGAAGAGAUCAAAGAUAGCUUGGCAGGUCUCGUCACUCGAUUUACCCGGUCCAGCCCAGACUUUGGCACCUUAAGCCCGCGCAAUAAGGCUCUUCAGCUGGCAUCCUGGUUGCGUGAAAGUGACUUGAUUGGCAUUCAGCAAGGUCGAGAGUUUCAUGCUCUUGAGCAUAAUUUUAUCGGACUGGCUUUGCAGAGCUCGGGACACAACUCACUUCCACUGAUCUCCGCCGCGAUUUAUUGCUACGUGGCCCAAGCGCUAACCCUCAAUGCCCAGCCAUGUGGGUUUCCAUUCCAUGUUCAUGUCAUUAUCUUCCCUCCCCCAGGACUCGAUAUGAAUGGCCAUACGGUGAACGGUAUGGGAUCGGGAACCCCAAUGUACUUGGACCCGUUUCGAGGAGCGCGGGAAACUCCUGUCUCGGACCUACGUGACCAACUGGCUUUUCUUGGAGCGUCUGAAACCGAACAGACUGAAUUUCUAGGCGAGUCAUUGACCUCGGAGAUCGUCUUGCGUUGCAGCAGAAACAUCUGGAAUUCAAUCCAUUCCCCGUCUCAUCAAUAUGACGGACCUAUCACAUCUGUAGAUAUGGUGAGCGCCAAGUACGCCUCUGUGUGGUCAUCGAUGCUUCUUUCAGGGGAUUCCCGGCCAAUGGACCUCCGACAUCAGCUCCCAUUACUAAUGGAGCUCUUCGCGACGGAUUUUCCAUCGGAUAUCUUUUUGGUGGAACAGUAUAUUGUCCCCCUUUUCCAAGGCCUCUUUGAGCAUGAACAUAUUUUGGAGAGUCUUCAUGUCAUGCGUGCCGUAGACGAAAUUCCUAGGCAGGUACGACGCCGAUCCGGUGAGAACAAGGAUAUACGAUAUCGGGUGGGCCAGGUAUUUCGACAUCGUCGCUACCAGUACCAGGCUAUUAUCACUGGCUGGGACUCCGAAUGCGGUGCAGGGGAGCAGUGGAUGAGAAGAAUGGGUAUUGAUCGUCUGCAGGCUGGACGCCAUCAAAGCUUCUACCAUGUUCUUGUUGAGGAUCGUAGUGUCCGGUAUGUGGCAGAGGAAAACAUCGAACUCUUUCUUCCUCAUCUUAGCGAAGUACCCCAGAGCUUGAUUGCCAUUGCCGGAAAGCAUUUCAAACGAUGGGAUCAUUCCUCUCGAGCCUUUGUGAGCAAUGUGAGAGAUGAAUAUCCCGAUGAUUAA